ACCGAACCUUCCCUUCACCUUCUCACACACAAGCAUAACCAUUAGCCUCUCUUUGUCUCUUCAACUUCCAAACAUGACAAAAGUUGCAAAACUAACAAAACUCAAGUCAGUGCUGAAGAAAUGGAACACCUUCGCCUAUUACAACAACAAGCACAACCGCUCUGACAUCAGAGCGGUUGUGAACGAGGACGAGUCGUGUGCGUUAUCAGAACAAGACCUUCGUCCCGUGUUUGUUGGAAAGACGAGGCGUAGGUACCUUGUUAACUCCGAUGUUGUUGGACAUCCGCUGUUUCAGGAGCUUGUGGACAGGUCUCGCAGCUCGAUCGAGGUAAACAAUGACGAUGAUGAUACCGUUAAUGUGGCUUGUGAAGUUGUCUUGUUUGAACAUAUGUUGUGGAUGAUCGAGAAUACUGAUCCUCAACCGGAAUCUUUGGAUGAACUCGUUGAUUAUUACAGUUGCUAGGUGUGUGGUGGUUGCAUUUGUUUGUAACAAUUUUAAAGCAAACGAUCUUGCUUGAUGGUGAUGAAAAUAUCAUCCCGUGUAUAUUUUUAAUGCAUGAUGAUUGAUAGUGAUUGUAUUCUAUGUAACUGGGUAUAAACAUAUAAGAUUAAUCAGAGAUUGAUCAUUGAUCAUUAAGUAUUGUUUUGCGGGUUUACCAUGAUAUUAAUAUUUAUUUUUACU